GGGCAACAGUCCUGGAAAAUGCCAGAACCUCUGGAAUUGAAGGCGACCCGGUUAAUUUACAAUAGGGAGGAGACUGGGGAAGGAGGAGGGUUUCGCAAACGACAAGGACAACGAGCAAUAAGGAAAGAAAGACAGAAGUUACAGUGGGCAAGGAAACAACCGAAAAAAGGAAACCUAGAAAAACCUAAACGAAGGAAUGUCUUCGUCAAAAAACAGCAUACAGGACAAAAGAAAAGACUAAGAAAGAACACGCCUUCAGCAGAGGAAAGGUAUAAGAGGGCCAGAGCCCUGUAGGGAUGAGAUUUUCCGGAAGAAUCGACCCAGGAAUGCAGCGGCAAAAACCUGAAUCGGCAUGACUGUAACCUCGGAAGGCACAGUAUGCGUAAGGCCAAC